AUGGCUGCUGGGGAGGGGGCUCCACUGAGCCCUUUGUCUGAGAUCAGGCAGCAACUUAGUGAGCCUGAGCAGAGCCAGGACUGCAAGCCAGUACUGCUUGAGAAAACGAACCACCUGCACUCUGAAGCUGUCACGGAGCCCAGCGGCCAAGAUGUGGCCCAUGCUGAGCCAGCUGAAUCAUUGGUACCUAGAAAACCUGUACCAGGCAAGCUGCAUCUGUCCGGGAAGGCAUAUAUGAGCCAAAGGCAGAGUGCCUUCACGAAGCUUCCACAGCUCCAGGUGAGGCUGGGGGAUUGCCAGGCCUGGGAAGGAGACCACAAAGACCAGCCAGGUCAGCCUCAUCCCCAGCAGCUGGCCCUGGACAUUCCCAGGGCCAUGGAAGGCAGCAACACAGAUUGCUCUGUGGGGCCUCAAACAACCAGAAGUGAGCAGAGAAGUGCAUUCAGCAAACCUACUAAGAGACCAACAGAGCGAUCGAGGUGUUUUCCUGUCAUCCCAGUAGGGGCGCCUGGAGAUUCCUUAGGGGUGCUCUCAGGACUCCUCACGUCUUCAGACAUCCCUGGCUGGGGUGGACUGUCCACUUGCACACUCCUGGGUGAUUACUGGAAUUUGAGAAUGCUGUCACAGAACUCUGUGCUCUGCAGUACCUUUCAAGGGACCCCUAUGCUGUGGCUGGAACACACCCAGGUCCGGGUACCCACACCUUUGGCGCCCCCUGCCACCGCCUCAAGGGCCCUCCUGCCGUCCCCACUCUCCUCCCCAGGCUUGUCCACCCAGAACUGGUGCGUCAAGUGCAGCCUUGCCUUCCGCCUGACGGCUGACCUUGUCUUCCACAUGCGGUCUCAUCAUAAACGGGAGCACGCGGGCGCUGACUCACUUCCCAAGAAGCGCCGGGAGGGGGCGCUCACUUGCCACGUCUGCCACGAGUACUUCCGGGAGCGCCACCAUCUCUCCAGGCACAUGACUUCUCACAGUUAG